CGAAGAAGAAGUAUUCGCUGAUGUAGAACUUCUGCCACCGAAAGGUAACUAGGUGAUCCAGGGUUCUGAUGACCUCGUGUUUUAGAAUAGAGAACAUUCACCUGACAGACACAUUCCUGCUUCACCUGCUUCUUAACUUUGGAAACUUGUAUUCCUACAAACGUUGCAAAGGUUUUGACCACCCAACAAUGGCCACAGAGUCUGAGAUCCAUACUGAAGUAGGACGUAUCAUCUGAGAGACCAGCACAGAGAUGUCUUUCGCACGUGAUAAACUGUCUUUGCACCUGCGCUGCAGAAUGGGGGAGUUUAUGAAAAGAGUGAAAGCCACAGAGCUCAUGGCCAACCUCCCCUGCCUUACACAGUCUGACAGGGAGGAAAUCCAGGCCAUGAAUAACCGUAUUGGUAACUCAAGUGCAAUGCAGAUCCUGCUGGACUAUGUGCAGAAGAGAAUGAACUGGCCAGAAGAGUUGAUGUCAGCCCUGGAGGUGGUGGAGCAUCAGGACCUGGCUGAUGAACUGAGAGCAGAGUGGAACAAGCACAACCAGACCAAUCCUUCUCCUGCUGCUCCUCCUACCAGCCCAUCUCUGCCCAUCUCAGAGAGCUCUGAUGACCCUACAUCUUCUAUGGUUCUCCCAGCUUGGCCAGCACCACCUUCAGAGUCACUCAGCCUUGAGAUUACUGCCUGUCCGGAGGAUGGUGGCCAGCCAGUAGUCCCCACAAGUUCAGUUGCUGUGGCUCCCGUCGCUGGCGCCUCCCCAUCGCCAGCUCCACAGGCUCUCGAAGCAGCAGUAAGCCGUGUCACAGCCACCCAGGCAGCACCUUUGCCUGUCUCAGUGAAAGUGGAACCCACAGUGGUCUCUGAACCACAAACUCCACUCUCUCACUCUGAUAACGCUGCCUCCUCCCAGCCUGGUCCUGUAGAAACUGGAUCGCUGGAGGAUAACCCAUCUCAUAUAGUCCUGUCUGAAACCACUCUCACCUUGCCUGUGUCAGACCUAAACCCAGCCCUGUCCCAAACUAAAUACACCCCCACCGCUGCUGCCCCUGCCUCGGUCCAGGCCCCUGAGAGACGUCCGGUUCAGGACACCACGCCACCAACAGCCAAAGUGACCACCUACCACCAGAAGCCAGUAGAGGACUCUGAUCCAACUGCAACUCAGGUGACUGAAGAUGACCAGCACACUGAGCCGCCUCAGAGCCCCGAGAGCCAUCACUUCUCCCCGGUCACGGCCCCAGCCUCAACCCCGGUGCAUACCUCCAUGGAUGAGGAUAACCGGGAGCUCAGCAAGCCUGACGUUCUCCUCAGUGAGAACCAGCCAUACUCAGGAGGCUCAUGGCUUCUGCAGAUGGAUAGCGGGUCAGUGUCGGACCCAGAGCCGGCUGCUGUGACCAGUCCUGCUGCUGUGACCUGUCCUGCUGCUGUGACCAGUCCUGCUGCUGUGACCAGUCCUGCUGCUGUGACCUGUCCUGCUUCUGUGACCAGUCCUGCUGCUGUAACCUGUCCUGCUGCUGUGACCUGUCCUGCUGCUGUGACCUGUCCUGCUGCUGUGACCAGUCCUGCUACUGUGACCAGUCCUGCUGCUGUGACCUGUCCUGCUGCUGUGACCAGUCCUGCUGCUGUGACCAGUCCUGCUACUGUGACCAGUCCUGCUACUGUGACCAGUCCUGCUGCUGUGACCAGUCCUGCUGCUGUGACCUGUCCUGCUGCUGUGACCAGUCCUGCUGCUGUGACCUGUCCUGCUGCUGUGACCUGUCCUGCUGCUGUGACCUGUCCUGCUCCUGUGACCAGUCCUGCUGCUGUGACCUGUCCUGCUGCUGUGACCAGUCCUGCUGUGGUCCCAGACCCCGUCCCAGAGCCCUUGUCUAAUGUUCCAGGCCCUCUGACUACUGCAACGCCUCUGCCAUGUCAGGAGCAUGGAGUCUCUGAGGAGAUAGAGGCAUCCGUGUCCCGUAACGAGCCUGAGGAGGACAUGUACCAGGAGGUGCUGAUCAAUGUAAUUCAUGUGUCUGAGGACGCAUACAUCCUGAAUCAGGAAGGCCAAACACAGAGCACGCUGGGUAAUAAUGAUGCAGGUGUUUCUGAAACACUCCCACCAGUUCAGAACCACAACAGACAAUCCCAGAUCACACCUCUCUCUGGAUCUACAGAACUUGACCUGUCGUCUGGUCCGAACCAGCACGGCCAAACUGAGGACAGUCUGGGGAAAGUAGUUAGUAAGUUUGAAGACUCUCAGGGUCUGAUGAUGAUUGCUAACGGCCAAGCCGCCAGCCCCUCAACCAAACAGCCUGAUCUACCACCUCCAGCCACUUCUCCUUCUGUCACCAUCGUCAACGGCUCCUCCACUGAUAACUGUCCUCUCCCGGAGGCUGUGGAGGCAGAGGUCAUGCUCAAGGCCAUGAUGGCUAGCGUUGUACCUGAGCUGAAGCAGAAACAGGAGGGGGAGGGAGCCAGAAGAGGAGGGAGCUACUACUUCCUGGGGGCUGCUGUCCUGAGUGUCUCAGCCCUGUUUGUGGCCUGGAGGAUGAAGAAUUAAGGGUUUUGGGAAAGAAGG